CAUAUGUUUUAUUGUCCAUGUCUAGCGUCAUGGAAAUAGUUACUUUGUUACAGAACGUAUAGGAAUAACCUCCAAGAAGUAGUCUAUGCUUUGCUUUAAUCGCAGACCCUAAUCAUUUGCUAAUAAUGCUUAAUCUUUUUUGUAUUAAAGGAAACAGAACAAGAUACACAAGAACCUGUUUAGCGGGGGAAGUGGAGCAAGUCCAAGGAAUGUCGAUCAAGACCAGAAUGCACUAGUCUGAGAUAUCAUUACUCAUCUCACUCGGCGCUGAAUGGUUUCUUCCACCCGGGGCACUUUGUCUUUGUGCUGGAAACAAAAUAUUUUGAUAAUGUUUGACCACGUCGGUGGGAUGUACAGCAAGUCUGUGUUCGAGGACUUUAUCACACGCAAGGAUAACAAUCAAACUAUUCUUCAGGAUUACAACGAAUAGACGAAUGUUUGCAAUUGCUUCUUGGUGAAAACGAGUUUUCGGGUGAACCGGUAUGUCAUUGCUGGGGUGAUGCAUGGACUGAGGAGUUACAAGUUGCGAUAGCCCACAAGUUUAAUUGCAGUUUCAAGUAUCGAAGGUAAAGCUUGGAUAUCCUCAACAGAAACAAAGACAACGUUUAGGCUAAUGGGACAUAAGGCUAUCGAUAGGAAUAUGGUAUUGAUGUAGUAGGCAGUUGGUGCAUGGCAUGUGGUAUUAAGCAAUUUAUCCAGUUUGCAAUUGAUAUUUGCAGUAAGAAUACCAAAGUAAAUAGCCCAUAUUCCUUGUUAAUAAUUGUAUGUGUACAGGAAUGGAUUCUCACAACCACUGAAAACCAUUUGCAAUUCGAUGUUAGUGCUUUUGUAUGCAGUCCACAGGCCUACUAAAAAGAUUGACAAGAUUCUUGGCACAGUAUAGAAAACAACCCCAGCACUUGUGUAAUCGAGUCGUAGAUAUACCCAGCUUGAUACUGCACUAGCUGUUUUUUUAGGGAGUUAAACCAGUUAUAGCACUAAGGUUAUUAUCGUGUUAUAGUGCAUGGGCACAGAUUAGUGUUUAUGCCAUUUGACAGUUGUUGUGGCGUUCCAGCACAAUACCAUUAGAUUUACAUAACUCUUUCACACCAUCUCUUAUUGAUUCAAACAAGUGUUGGGUGACUACAGUUGAAAUGAGCUGAAAUACUAGGGCUAUAGUUCAACAAUUUAGACAUCACCUAUUUGUGUGUUAAAAUGUUGUGCUCAAGGGUAACAGCAUCACAAUGAUUUUAGGCAGCGUGUGCGUAUGAUUUUCAUCAGAGAGUCAAAAUGUCGAUGAAAGGCAAGGCACUCUACACUUUCCAAAGUGAAAACAAAGAGGAGAUCAGCAUACAGGAGAAUGAGGAACUGGUUAUCUUUGACGAUAACUCUGUAGAUGGCUGGUUACAAGGGGAGAACAGUAAAGGACAGAGAGGUCUCUUCCCGGCCUCUUACGUGGAAGUAAUCCGCCCUCGUUCCAACUCCAACCUGACAGACUGCUCCAUAAGCCCGGUGGGUUCUCCAGGCAAUGACUCCUCAUAUUUCCCCUCCGCCCCAAACACGCCCUUUCACAUGCAACAAGGUUACUAUGACGAUGAUGAUGAUGACUGGGAUGAUUGGGAUGACAGUUCCACAGUGGUGGACGAUGAUGGCCGCAGUGGCGCAAAUGGACAUUCCCAUCAGAGCCCCCACUCCAACAACCCCAAUGUCCACUAUCGAGCCAAACCUUACAUGGAGAGGCAGGACAGCAUCUCCAGCUCGCGGAAGGGCAGUAUGGUGGGCAGGAACUUGAACCGAUUCUCCAGCUUUGUCCGCUCAGGGGUGGAAGCUUUUGUGUUGGGCGAUGUGCCCAUGAACGCUAAGAUAGCGGAGUCGUACACCAUUGAGAUGGGCCCCAAAGGGCCUCAAUGGAAAGAAAGCCCCACACCUUUCUCUUGCUCCAUCGAGGACCCUACCAAGCAGACCAAGUUCAAAGGCAUCAAGACCUACAUAUCGUACCGAGUGACCCCAAGCCACAAUGCGAGGCCUGUGUACCGGCGUUACAAGCACUUCGACUGGUUGUACAACCGUCUACUGCACAAGUUCACCGUCAUCUCCGUGCCCCACUUGCCCGAGAAACAGGCAACAGGGCGCUUCGAAGAGGACUUCAUCGAGAAGCGCAAGAGGCGGCUGAUCCUCUGGAUGGACCACAUGACUAGCCACCCGGUCCUGUCUCAGUACGAGGGCUUCGAGCACUUCCUCAUGUGCGCCGACGACAAGCAGUGGAAGCUGGGCAAAAGGCGGGCAGAGAAGGACGAGAUGAUGGGCGCCAACUUCAUGCUUACCUUCCAGAUCCCAAAUGAACACCAGGACCUGCAGGACGUGGAGGAACGUGUGGACUCCUUCAAGUCCUUCGCCAAGAAAAUGGAUGACAGCGUCAUGCAGCUUACACAUGUGGCCUCAGAACUGGUGCGGAAGCACCUCGGAGGCUUCCGGAAGGAAUUUCAGCGGCUGGGGAAUGCCUUCCAGAACGUCAGUCAGGCUUUCAUGCUGGACCCUCCCCACUGCUCGGACGGCCUCAACACCGCCAUCUCCCACACGGGACGUACUUACGAAAACAUUGGGGAAAUGUUUGCGGAGCAACCUAAGUAUGACCUCUUCCACAUGCUGGACAAACUGUCACUCUACCAGGGCCUACUCGCCAACUUCCCGGACAUUAUUCAUCUACAGAAAGGUGCGUUCGCCAAGGUCAAAGAGAGUCAGCGGAUGAGCGACGAAGGGAAAAUGGACCAGGAAGAGGCAGACGGAGUGCGUAAACGCUGCCGGACAGUGGGAUUUGCUCUACAGGCUGAGAUGAACCACUUCCACCAGCGCCGCGAGGUGGACUUCAAGGAGAUGAUGCAGGCCUACAUCAAACAGCAGAUCGCCUUCUACCAGCGCGUAGGCCAACAGCUGGAGCGUACCCUGCACAUGUACGACAACCUGUAGAGGCUGGGCUUGUCAUCAGCCCUGACGUUAUCCUGUUGAUCCGAAAUGGCCGCCCAGUUCAACGGGGGCCUCUUCAGGGGUUGUCAAAAAUCCUAUUGGAAACCGAGACAUCCCACUGGACACACACUGGUGUUUAAAUGUAAUUUGUCAAUGUAUUGUGACGUGGAAAAUACAUUGGAUUUGAACAAAGUUUUCAACAUUGAUAUUAUGGUAAAACUUCAACUUAACUACAGAGACUUAACCUGAUUAACAGGUUGUUACAUCAGUCUAAUUUCAACAUAAUCAUCAUAACAAUUAAAUACGUGGAAAUUGCAUUGAAAAUUCCACGUAGAAAUGUAAAAAAAUCUUAAACUUUGGGUGGUUGAAAUGAAGUUUAAUUUCAUAUUUGAUUAGACAUAUAUUAUUUGAACUUGAGUCAAUGCUGAUAGUAAAAUGGUGUGUUUGAAUCAACAUCAUUCUUUCAACGUCAUGCCAUCAACCUAAAUAGAUCUAUAUUGAAAUAAAAUGGUAAGCCACAGUCCAACGAUUCCUGCCUGAACAUUGACACCUACGGAGAGGUAAUGCACUUCAGUGAAACAAGUCUACCAUACAGAUAUAUGCCUUCCUCUAUGUACCCUGCUUAGCUUGAGAAACAAGCUGUGUUAAAUUCAGCUGACCUAUCAUGUCAACACAUUUAGACAUUGGUCAGCUUCCAUACAUUUUUGAAUUGUAGAAAGUAACUCCUCUAACUUUUCUUACACUAGCUGUAUGUGAAAGUAAGUUUGGAGUGAGGUUGGGUUUAUUAUGUAAGCUACAUUGACAUCUGAUUUUCCCAAAGACCACCAUCAUUUCAACGCUAGGUAUACUGUCAUUUGACUAUGGCUGAUUGGAUCUUUAGAAGUAUAGAAGUAGUUACCAUUAGCCUUAUAAUUAGGAUGCUGAAUUUACCUCUUCAUGAUGACAUGAAGUUGAAACUGACGUUGAUUCAAACAUACAAUUUUACUAGGUCAAACUAAAUAUGUCUAAGCAAAUAUAAAAUUCUACCCUUAAGAAAAAUAUAGUUUACUUAACUAAGGUUACUUUGAAAAAGUAGUUCAAUAUAUCUGAAGUACAUCAUUCAGAAAAAUUAUUGUAUGUAAAUUUGAAAUGUCAUAGACUACAAAUUGCAAGAACAGUUCACUUUGGGGUCAUACAUUAAUAGAAUAUGUAAGUUUCAAGUGAGAAUUUGGCAGGUCUGAUGCCGAAAACCCCCCAAAAUAUUUCCUACUUCACCCAUACAUAUAUAUAUAUUUGACUAGUUCAACUACCACCUAGCUUCUUCAAAUGUAGUUAAAUUACUAGUUGAACUUCAUGUAGUUCGCUACUCCCCAACACAAAAUGUCAACCAGUUUCAUACACUUAGUGUACAAAACAUUAGGAACACCUGGUCUUUUCAUUACAUAGACUGACCAGGUGAAAGCUAUGAUCACUUGUUCACUCCACUUCAAUCAGUGUAAAUGAAGGGGAGGAGACA